GAUGGUUCUUGAUUUUCUAGAAAAAAAAUCACUGAGAUUUCCUUUCCAACAAUGCUUCUGAAGCACAGAUAAAAUGGCUUCCUGUCCCAUGGUUUCCUGUAUCCAUGACAACCUGACUUUAAGCACUUCUUUCUUAGUUUCCUGAGCAAACUGUUGCAAAUCCUGGGGCAAAAUGUGAGUGAUCUAGUAUGCAGUAAUACUGCCUUUAUGAAGGUUUCACAGAUGAGUACAGUUGAUCAGCUUAUAACUGCAAUAAACUGCAAAUGGCAAAAUAAUGGAAAUAAUGAACUUCAAAUUUGGGCAAACUCAGAGAUGAGUAAGAAGGUCAAUGACAGGGAUAUGUAUGUUCUGCAAAGUUCUCCACCUUGCCCAGGACCAUUCCUGUAUAUACUUAAUUGGGUUUUUUUGUUGCUGCUUCAGAAGGAGGCUUUUGGCUGUCCAUCUGCUUGUCAACUCUGCACAGGGAGACAAGUUAGCUGUCGUAAUGCAGGGCUUUCAAGCAUCCCUUGGAACUUACCAAAAACGACAAUUCUUGUGUACCUCAGUGGAAAUAAUAUAUCAUGUGUCACUCCAAAUGAACUAAGAGGGCUUCAGAAGCUUGCUGCACUCCACAUGGAUAACUCCAGUAUUUUGUACAUACACCCAAAAGCUUUUGUGGAACUCCCCAAACUGUGCUACUUGCAUCUAAAUAACAAUAAUAUUAAACGCCUGGAUCCAGGAAUCUUUGAAGGCCUUCACAGUCUUCACUGUUUAUACCUUCAGAAUAAUCAAAUAGCUUUUCUUCCCAGAGGAUUAUUUAGUGAUCUUCUUUCUGUUAGAUAUUUAUCGCUAAAAAGAAAUCGUCUCAGUGUCCUUGGAAGGGAGACUUUCUUGGGAAUGAUAAAUCUCCAAACACUAAACCUAGCCAAUAAUAAGAUUUCACGGAUAUCAGAUUCAGCAUUUCAUCAUCUUGAAAACCUUGCAUAUUUGUUUCUUGAAGGUAACAGCUUGAAACUUGUGCCAUCGAAUGCUAUUGGAAAGCUCAAAAAUCUUGAAAGACUUUCUUUGUCUCACAAUCCUAUUGGAUCAAUACAGUCUUUUGCAUUUAAAGGACUUAACAAGCUUAAAUAUCUGUCUUUGAAAAAUGUCAGGCUAAAAUGUAUUGCUGUAAAUGGAUUUUUUGGAUUGAACAACCUUAGCCAGUUAAUCUUAAGUUAUAAUGAUUUAGAAAAUAUAAAUUCCAGCACUUUUAGUUUAUUAAACAAUUUAAUGUAUCUGCAGCUAGACAGAAAUAAAAUAGCCAGUAUUGGUGAUGGUACCUUUGAAAAAAUAGGGCAGUCACUUAAAAUACUAAGUUUAGCAUUUAAUAAUAUUACAGAGUUACAACCUGAAGUGCUCAAGCCUUUAGUAUCUCUAACUCAUCUACAGGUAAAUGCUAAUCCUUGGAACUGCAGCUGCAAAAUGCUUGGGUUACUUAAUUGGCUGAUGUUGUCUCCCAUUUCUGUAAGAAUUCAUUGUCAGAAUCCCCAGAGUAUGCGUGGUAGACCUUUGCAUUACAUUAAGUGGACUCAGUUUUCAAACUGCAUUAGCCCUACUGUCAGCCCAGAGACUGCUUGGAGUCUGGGAUCUGUUGGUGUCCAUCAAAGCACUACCACGUGGCUGAUGGCGUGGCACAAAGGAAACAGGCAGAACCUUGAGCAGUUUGUCAAUGCAGAAACAAAAUAUGUUGCUUUCUGGGAAGGAACUACAACUACAUCUGCUACCCCUUUGCCCUAUGAAGGAAAUGCUGUUGAAAUUCUUUCACAGGCAACUACAGUAUUAUCAACAUUACCAGUGCAAAUACCAACACAGAUUAUACCAACUAACAGAACUGUAGAAAAACAAGGUCCAAAAGAUGUUGCUCCUGUGUCAUUAAAAACAUCCCUGAAGUGUGCACAACAGGUUGAAAAGCUGAAUCAGACUUUUGACAUUUUACUGGGCUUUUUCAUUCUGGCUUGUGCUGUAAUCCUGUUCUUAACCUGUAAAAUUAUUCAGUUUAGGCAGAAACUAAAUGUUCUGGAAAACUCAGGGGAAAAGAGAAUACAAUAUUAUGGCUUUUAUCAGCCUAGCAGAUAUAACAUAACUGACCCAGUGCAGUCACUAACUCGGAAAUCAGUUGGACAUUCAGAACUGGAUGAAAUUAGGCUGCUCAAGCGAACAGCAUCAGAAAGUCAGGCACAGGUAAUACUGUUCGAACAUUCAUCAUUGUAAUUUAACUCAAUUUAUUUGGUGUUAACUUUACUUUGAUACAAAAGGUCAAAAAAUCAAGGACUCAAUUUUCUAAAAAUACCUUAACUGAUUAAAAGCAACUGCUUGAUAUAAUUGUGGGAAAUGGCACAAUUUGAGUUCUGCAUCAUCUUUUGCUUCCUGAAUGUUUUGAAGUUUAUUAUUUUAUUAUGUGUCAUUUAAAUCUGACAUGGAUAGGUUUAUUAUCCUCUGUCCUUGUUUGUAGGAAUCUUUCACCUAUAGGUGAAGUAUACAUGCAGUAUAAAGUACAUUUUUAUUUAAUUUAAUUCGCAAUACUUAGUAUGUUCCUGUAGAAAUUCCAUAGCGAACUUGAAGAUUGAAGCAAGCAAAACAUCUGUUCUCAGCAGGAUCACAAAGCUGAAGAGUCUUGGGGAAUGAGAAAAUAUACAGUGCUUUAUAUAUUUACCUUAAUGCAGUUUCUACUCUGCCUCCUAUUAAUAAGCACAGUGGAAAAAAAAGGGAGUGUACUUACUGCUAGGUUGUUGCAACUCUUGAAGAGAAAAAUUUAAAACUAGACAAAUUUUAUUAAUAUCUGUAACAUUUUUACAUAUAAAGUUGUGUAUUCAGUCUGUAUAAUGAAUAUAUUAAAGUGACUUUUUUGUUAGUGUGUAUCUGUAUCAUUUUAUUAAAUACCACAAACUGGAGUUAAGGGAAACCAAAGUUCUCUUGAAUUGAAAAAUUGACCAUGUUUAUUAUGUCUAAGGUAAUAGAGCUGGUUAAUUACUUUCAAUAAAAGGUAAUAAAGCUGGUUAAUUACUUUCAAUAAAAGAUACUUUGUCAUCUAUGUAGUAAUAGUUUGAGGGGCUUUUUGGCUAGAUAAGAUGUACAAAUUGAAGAAAUGCCCUGCACUGUAAAUACAUCAUGCUAAAGUAAUUGCUAACAUUUUUGGUUUAUUUUUGGAAGUGUCGGGUCAAAAUACAUGUUCCUAGCAAAGGCUUCAUCUUAAAAAUAUGGAUAUUUUCCUAUUUAGUUUUCACUGAUUUUUAACAAUUUCUAUUUCAAAUACUGAUGUUCUGAUAUUGUCAGGUUGUGUCUAUUGUAUGGUAGCUUUAUUUUCAACUGAUGGGACUUACUUUUGUAGGUAGUAUUUGUCCUCUACAGGCCUGUGCCUUACAGACUACGACCAUGUGGUUUAUAAGUUACACAGUUUACAGUUAGAUCACUUUGUUCAAGGAAAAGUGGGGAACAAUGCUUUGGUAGUCUCUCCUCCAUGCUGUUGAUGUAAAUUGUGUGGAGGUAUGUUACUGUUCCAGGCUUCAGCCUGAGAUUCUGGCAUUCCCCAGAUGAGCCAGAACUGCCCUCAGGGUUCUCCUUCUGUCCUGCCUGCUUCCUGCUGGUGUAACUCAUGUGCUUGACUGGGUUGUACUACUUCCUAUUAUAGUGUUUGUCUAUCUGCAAUUCUUUUCUAGGAAUGAAAAUAUGAAAAGUAUAUAAACCUUGAGUGUACUGAGAAGGGUGCGAAUGUGCAAGUGUACUUUCGUUGUUGCUCGUUAUGUAUCUCAAUUGAAUGUAAUGAAAUACCAGUUUAGUAUAUUGUAAUAUUGUAUUUUACUGUAAUUUACUGCGUAAUAGAUCCAAUACUUAUAGGGAUCACUCAAUUCAGCUACUUGAACUGUUUAAACUAGCUUAAACUGUUUUGGGUUGCUUAAUUAGAAAGUAUUUUUUAAAUAAUUUUCUACUUGUAGAUCAGAUGUUAAGUGUAAUGGGCAAACGCUUUUAAGGAGGGAAAACACUGGCUGUAAUUUAAGUUUGGUUUGGU